CCCUUUCGCCGGCUGUUACCUCGGGGGGACGGUUGUGGCCACACCGACACGCAUUUUCCAAACCAAUCAUUGUUUAUUCUUGUGGCGGCGGGGCCGGACAUGCUUAUUUAUUUUUAAUUUUCACAACAAGCUUUUACGCAGCCCUUAUCCAGCGAAACAACUCGGUAACCGUUUCAAAGGAGCAUCGCGCGGAUAGGAAACCUCGGACUAAACCUCUUAUGUAAGCGCCCCCUUGCAUCGACCCUCCUUCAGUGCUUUGAAGAUUGUUCCGUCUUCCCGUAACUACCAGUGUGCACAGAAUCCCAUUCAAGGAACGUCUUGAUCCAGCGAUGCAAAGAACUGAAGUUUCAAGCUAGAAGAGCCUGUAUUGUCCUCGUAAUAUAGAAGAAUUUAAGAUAGGAGAGAGAGGCUUCAGCGAAUGAAGACUAUAAAAGAAAAGAAGAAAGAAUGUCAAAGGUUGAGAAAAUCUGCCAAGACAAGGGGGGUGACCCAGAGGAAGCCAUCUUCGGGGCCCGUAUGCCUGCUAUGCCUUCGAGAACCUGGGGAUCCCGAAAAAUUAGGGGAAUUUCUUCAAAAAGACAAUCUCAGCAUGCACUAUUUCUGUCUUAUUUUGUCUAGCAAGCUGCCUCAGCGGGGCCAGUCUAACAGAGGUUUCCAUGGAUUCCUGCCUGAAGACAUCAAAAAGGAGGCAGCCCGGGCUUCUAGGAAGAUCUGCUUUGUGUGCAAGAAAAAGGGAGCUGCCAUCAACUGCCAGAAGGAUCACUGUGUCAGAAACUUCCACCUUCCUUGUGGCCAAGAAAGGGGUUGCCUUUCACAAUUUUUUGGAGAGUACAAAUCAUUUUGUGAAAAACAUCGCCCAACACAGGACAUCCAACAGGGGAAUGUUGGGGAGGAAGGCUGCAUCUUGUGUUGUGAAGACUUAUCCCAAGCAAGUGUUGAAAACAUCCAGAGCCCAUGCUGUAGUCAAACUAUCUAUCACCGCAAGUGCAUACAGAAAUAUGCCCACACAUCAGCAAAGCAUUUCUUCAAAUGUCCACGUUGUAACAAUCGAGAAGAGUUUCCUCAAGAAAUGCUAAGAAUGGGAAUUCAUAUUCCAGACAGAGACGCUGCCUGGGAACUUGAGCCAGGGGCUUUCUCAGACUUGUAUCAGCGUUAUCAGCAUUGUGAUGCCCCCAUCUGUUUGUAUGAACAAGGCAGAGACAACUUUGAAGAUGAAGGGAGGUGGAGCCUUAUUCUGUGUGAUACAUGCGGAUCCCACGGAACCCAUAGGGACUGCUCCUCUCUUAGAUCCAACAGUAAGAAAUGGGAAUGUGAGGAGUGUGCACCUUCGCCUGAAACUGAAAUCUCAGGUGCCAUCCCCUGCUGCUGCAGCACCUUCUACCAGGGGGAGCAUUAUUGCAGAGACACCAACCAGGAAGAGAAUCCAGGCCCAUCUUGGACUGAUUGGCCAGGACCUUCCUUACUAGAGAAAUCAGAGUCCUCUGGUGAAAGGAGGGGCCACUCCUGGUGGUCCAAAGAUGUCGAAAUAACUAAAAGCUCCAAAAAAUACAAGUAACAGCUUCUAAGUAGUUGCUACCAAGCAUAUUUGGGUACAAAACUGUAGUC